AUGACCACCCGACGGACCCGCAUCGUCUGUAUAUCUGAUACCCACAACCAAACUCCAAAGCUACCUCCUGGCGACGUUCUCAUCCAUGCAGGCGACCUGAGCAAUCAAGGCACGUUUUCGGAGCUGCAAAAGACUGUCGCCUGGAUCCAGCAGUCGAAGUUCAAGGUCAAGAUCAUUGUCUGUGGAAAUCACGAUAUCACUUGCGAUGAGGAGUUCUACCAGCAGUACGGGGGAUACUUCCAUCAUAGGAGGAUGGAAGACUCUCAGCGCUGCAGGGAGCUUUUCCAGUCAGAUCCAUCCAUCAUUUACCUGAAUCACGAAGCAAGGCAAGUAACCAUCGUACACGAAGACGGGCAACAGUCGAAGCUGAAGGUCUUUGGAUCGCCAUAUUCACCGGCACAUGGCUUCUGGGCAUUUGGAUAUUCAACAGAAUCCGCUUCCCAGUUGUGGGACCAGAUCCCACUAGACUCGGACAUCGUGGUCACACAUACACCUGCCAAGUACCAUCGUGAUGGGUGUGGCGUGCGCGGCAGCGCUGGAUGCGAAAUGCUUCGCCAGACACUGUGGAGAGUCCGGCCCCGGUUGUUUGUGUGCGGGCAUAUUCAUGAGGCGUAUGGCGUGGAGAUAGUGCAUUGGGACCUGUCUUCGCUCAACGUCAGAUUCAAAGAGCGCAGCUUGCGAGAAUGCACUGACCUUGAGCCAAGCUCCAAGAAGCAGUUCAAAGUUGAUCUGACCUUCAGGGCCAAGUCGCUGGCCCUGAAGAACGAUGGGAGUAGUGGCAAUCUCGUUCCACCCAGCGAGCUCUGCAGGCUUCGAGGCGUCGAAGUCGACGGCCCUGCCGAGUGCCCCGUGAUCGAUAAGCACGACUCCGAUACAACAGACGAUCAGACUAGUGAUGCGGCGGACGAGCUGGAGCUCGCUGCACAGGGGCAAGACCGCGGCGAAGCUGUCUUGCCGGAUAUACCACGUCCGUCGACAUCUCCAUUCCCUGAUUUUGAAAAAGCCGAACGACCUGCUCCAAUCAGGGCAGACAAUGCUCAUAUAAGACAUCUAGGGACACUUGGUCAGGGCGGUCCAGCAUCGAAUCCUCGUUCUGACCAAGAAGCGCUAUUUGGUCGCGAAGGGAGGGAGGAGACUUGCAUUGUCAAUGCGGCAUUCAUGGCGUCCAACUUUCCGCACAAAAAUGGGAAGAGAUUCCACAAGCCCAUUGUGAUUGAUCUGGACUUGCCGGCCAUGGACUGGAACGAGGCCCCUCAGGCUACAGAGCAGGAAAACACCUGA